AUGGAAUCGGAGAAGGAAUUUCCAGGGUUGAACCAGAGCCUCCGAAACCGUGACCAACCGUCAUCCGCUUUCUCCCAUAACAUCAUACGCUUAUUCUCGCAACUCUCCUCGCAGUCCACACCGGAUGCCUUCGGCAUUGCGUUCGACAUCGACGGCGUCGUUUUACGAAACGAAGCUCCCAUCGGAGGCUCUCCUCGGGCCUUCAUAAGAUUGUACGACGAUUCUGGUAAUCUCAGGAUUCCAUACGUGUUCUUGACAAAUGGAGGUGGGAUUAGUGAAUCCAAAAGAGCCCUUGAGUUAAGUUCACUUUUAGGAGUGAAGAUUUCACCUUUACAGGUUUUACAGGGCCAUGCACCUUUUAAGCAGUUACUAAACAGAUUUGAGAAUGAACUCAUUGUUCGCUUUCUGUCCAAAACUAAGUAUUUCACGCUGAAGCAGCUAAAGUUGAGUGUUUUAAUCGGUUGUAUAUAUCACCCAGUUUACCUGUUCCUACUGCUGCUCAACAGGGACGAGUUUCACAGCAGCCUCAAUUAUUUCAGUUGGCAUUGGUUGCAGACCCAUUUGUUGAGGCUCGAAGAAAAAGGAAGGGGGGAAAGUGUAUUCUUGCCAUAGAUUUUCUGUUGGGAGUGAGCAUUGAAGAAAAGGGAAGGUGAUAACAGCGGAAGAGGUGGCUUUUUGCUUUUGGCCUUUUGUUUUCUUCAUUUUGCUUAAUGUUGAGACUUGAGAAAAUAACUUCUAAUGUUGAACCCCAAUUCGAGAAGAUAAUGUGAAGAAAAGAAAUAUUCGUAAU